UGAGGGGCUGAGGUAGACCCGGGGUGGGAGCUGGCCGGAAUCUGAAGGUUGAGGUUUCUGCUCUGUGGGGUGCUGCGGGACUGGAGCAGGGUGUUGGGGCUCUGUUUGGCAUCACCUCUGCAUGCCGGGGGAGGGCCCAGCUGUGUCUGCUGGUCCUCAGCUGUCUGACCCGGUGGCACCCGGCUGUGACAAGGGCUCCCCUCUCCACAGGGGCACCCGUGCUUGGGGGCACCCCCGAGUAGAGGCGAGCGCCUCGGAAAGGCUGUGCUGGGGGAGCACUGCGCUCCGGGGCCGGGGCAGGGCCCGGGGCGAUGCCGUGGUACGGUCCCCAUCCCGAGCGGGCGCUCCCGGGGCACCGGCCGUGGGGGUCCCCCGUCCCUGUCCUGGCCGGGCCGGGCCGGGCCGCGGCGCUCCGGAGCCGCCCCCCGCCGGGGGGGUCCCCGCUCCCCCCGGAUGCAUGACUUCAUCCUUCCGCCCGGGUUUCCUCCCCGCCGCCGCCGCCGCCGCCGCAGACCGGCUCCCGGCUCGGCGCGGCGCGGCUCGGCCCGCUCGGCCCCGCCAUGUCGCAGGUGCUGCCCUACGGCGAGGACAAGGUGGGCCGCUACGGCGCCGAGCCCGAGGCGGGGGAGCUGCCCUUCAGCUGCCGCCUGCAGGACACCAACGCCUUCUUCGGGGGCAACCAGGGCAAGCGGCCCCCCAAGCUGGGACAGAUCGGCCGCGCCAAGAGAGUGGUGAUCGAGGAUGACCGGAUAGACGAGGUGCUCAAGGGCAUGACGGAGAAGUCGCCGCCGGGGGUGUAAGCCGGGACCCGCCGCCAGGACCCGCCGGCCGAGCCCCGCUCCAGCCCGCCGCCCCGCAUGCUGGCUGGACCGCCGACGAGGAGGGGGAGGCCAUGCCCGCUGCCCCCCCCGGCCCGGGGGGGGGCCCUGCAGCCACCACCACCCCCCCCCGAGCCAUGCACUUUACCCCUCCGCCUCCCCCGGGGCCGGGACAAACCGCCGAGCCCCCCACCCUGGGCGAAGACCCCCCUCCCCGGGGAAGGGGUCCGGCCCCCUGCUCCGCGGCGCGUCCCCCCAAUCCUCCUUGGCGGAGGGUCCCCGAAUUGCGGGCCCACCCGGCCCCAUGAGCAGGGGGGGGAGCGCUGCUGUCCAGAGACAUUUUUUGCUCCAUCGUUUUUUGCAUGAGCUUGGUGGCCCGGGCGGCCGGCCCGGGGGCCGAGGGUCAGCCCCACCACUCCGGCACGCUUCUUUUUAAACAGAAACUCCUCAUAUUUGUAUUUUUAUAUCCGAAUCUUUGUUAAAAACGAUCUGCUGACGUUGAGAUGUCAAAGUAACUGCAUCGAGAAAACAAACGAAAACAACCGACCAACCAACAACAACAAAAAAAAAAGGUUCAUAUUUUUUUCCAUAAGAAAAAAAAAGACAAAAAAAGAAGAAAAAAACGAGGGCAAAAAUUAAAGGGGGGCGAGAGUGAUGGAGGGAGCAUGAGGAAAGCCGCAGGAGGAGGGAGGGGAGCAGGGACCCCUGGCCCGACCCCCGCUGGCAGGCAGCAGGAGCACCGGAGGGUUUGGCAGCAUCACCGGCCGCUGCAGUUCCUUCCCGGCAGCACCGGGGAGAGCCCACCGGGGCCAGCUGCAGGUGCCAGGGGGGUCCCAGCACUGCCCCUCGCUUGAGGGUGGUGGGGUCGGGGGAGAGUGGGGAGGGCAGGGACCGGCCUGAGUCGUUGUUUUUAAUUUUGUACUUUAAUUUAAUUUUAUUUUUUAAGAAGCUUCUCGGGGGGUUCUGAUGUGCAUGAGAAACUUGUCAUCUUUUACAAUAACCUACGAGUGGCAUUUAUGGAGACAACGACGCAAAAAAAAAAAAAAAAAAAAAAAAACCGGGGAAAAAAAAAAAAAAAAAAAAAAAAAAACCAUUAAAAAAAAAAAAAAACAAAAAAACCCAAAAAACUGAGGAAAAAAGAAAAAAAAAAAGAAAAAAAAAGAUACUUGUGUCAUGAUGUUCUACGAAUGAUCCAUUGUAAAUUUUAAUGCCAUUUUUCACUGUACUGGUGAACAAAAUGCAAUGAAUAAAAUACAUUCAUGUACCCAGGUGAA